UUCACGACUUGACACGCCGCAGAGGGACGGCGAGGUACAUGUGAGGAAAGAGACGAGGGAAGAAGGGAAGAGGAAGCAUCACCAGGAAAGACAAGAAGGAGAGGAAGACAGAGAGAGAUAUCUUGGCACUUUUGGACUUAUGAAAGGCGGAUGAACAUGAAGACGGGAGGGAUGGAGGGACCAGAGCCAUGUGUGAUGACAAGUCCUCCUCCAUAAGACUCAUAUAUAUAUCAGACACAUACGUAUAAACACUGAGGAUGCAUCUAAAAAGCAUCAGGAGGAUGUAUGGCUUUGAAGAACGAUGGAGAUGGAAACACCAUUUCCUUCUAGUCACCUGGUUUGUGCUGCUGACAGCUGCUCCACCCAAAGCACAUGGCUAUUUCCUGGGAGACACCAAGGCAGUAUUACAUGGCUGUGGGGACCACUGGACCCUGCAGGACAGGGCCGCCAUGCCUCUGCUCUUUCAGAUGACCGUGUGCAUGGACAUCCGUGUGAUGGGGCCUGGAUCCUGGGUGGCCUUCUCCUACAGCUCGGUCUACGCCCCCAGGCCCGAGCUGGGUCUGGAGGGAGACGACGGGGCGCUGUACGUGUGGCUGCUCAGGGUCCGACACAGAUUUCCUAUCCAGUUGUCCCUGAAGCACUGGCACAGGGUGUGUCUCAGGAGGGACAGACAACGCAACUCCUUCAGCCUGGAGGUCGAUGGGCAAACGGUGGCCGAGAGGACCGUCGUCGCUCAGGCCAUCCCCGCCUCCGGCUCCUUGUGGCUGGGCUGUCAUCUCAGAGACAGACACUCCGAGGCCCAGCUCGGACAAGUGGAGCUGUACAUGUUCCGGAUUUGGGCCGACCUGGACGACCAUCCCUCCUGCGAGGACGGCACCGUGAUCGGCUGGGACUCUCGUUACUGGGGUGUCACCAGUCCCAGUGCCAAACAGACGGACCAUAACCUUCCGUGUGUGCCGUCAGCAGAAACUAACUCAGGUCCUGUCCUAUCAACGGCUGACUCUCCCCUGAGCAGCCAGAUGCCCGCGACCACAGGUUCACCACCAUUAAACUGUAACAUCAGCGGACUCUGUUCCGAUACAGAUGCUUAUUUUUGGAUGUUCCUAAGUGUUGAGGCCAGAAACAGCAGUGAAAUCAGAAAAGAUGUGACAGACCUGCUGACCAAAGCGUUUGGCUGCAGAGUAAAUGCGUCACAGAUUUUCUGUCAGGGUGGAACAAAUGUUCAGGUAGUCGAGGUUUCCUGUGGUGAACAAAGGGACGUGAGAAAUACGACCUGCGGCGUGCUGCUGAAGCUCAGCCACGCCGUCUCAGCGUGUGAUCUGCAGCUCGCCGGAGCUCCUGCACUGCAGCAAGCUGGAAGCGAGAGAGCACGAGCGAGAAUCAUCGGAGAGGUGGAGAGAGUCGGUCGAAAUCUGUGCGAGAACCUGACGUCCCCUGGUGACAACUUUGUGAGGUGCAACUUCACGUCCUCCCUGGAUGACGUCUGCCAGUCCAACACACACUCCACGUUUAAAUGCUCUCCCCUGCAGCUCAACUCCAGCGACGCAGCCCUACAACCGACAACACACUCCUGCAGCAGGCAAAGGUCUCGCUUGUGUGACUGCUCCACAUUCUGCAACUCUUCAAGCCAGUUUUUCGCCACAAGAAUUAAUAUCAACACACCCUCUGUUGAUAUUAGUCUUCUAAAAAGAUUGAGUAACACAACAGUUAACAACAUACCAACAGCCAGGCCAGUUACAUCUAUUCCAAAUAACACAACAAACUACACAGUAACUACUACAGAUGCAAUUACACCUUCUCCAAGUAACACAACAAACUACACUGCAACUACAACAGAUGCAGUUACAACUUCUCCAAGUAACACAACAGUUUACAAUAUAACAACAGAUGCAGUUACAGUAACACAACAUAACACAACAAACAACAUAGCAACAGUCAGACCAGUUACAACUUCUCCAAAUAACACAACAGUUAACAACAUACCAACAGCCAGCCCAGUUAUCACUCCAGGUAACACAACAGUUAACAACAUAACAACAGUCAGACCAGUUACACCUUCUCCAAGUAACACAACAAACUACACUGCAACUACAACAGAUGCAGUUACAACUUCUCCAAGUAACACAACACAGUACAAUAUAACAACAGUCGAACCAGUUACAUCUAUUACAAAUAACACAACAAACUACACUGUAACUACAACAGAUACAACUACACCUUCUCCAAGUAACACAACAGAUGCAGUUACAACUUCUCCAAGUAACACAACAGUUAACAACAUACCAACAGCCAGGCCAGUUACAGCUUCUCCAAGUAACACAACAGUUAACAACAUAACAACAGCCAGACCAGUUACAGCUGUUCCAAAUAGCACAACAAACUACACUGUAACUACAGCAGAUACAACUACACCUCCAAAUAACACAACAGUUAACACUACUACAGAUGCAAUUACACCUUCUCCAGGUAACACAACAGUUAACAACAUAACAACAGUCAGACCAGUUACACCUUCUCCAAGUAACACAACAAACUACACAACAACAGUCAGACCAGUUACACCUUCUCCAAGUAACACAACAAACUACACUGCAACUACAACAGAUGCAGUUACAACGUCUCCAAGUAACACAACAGUUAACAACAUACCAACAGCCAGCCCAGUUACAGCUAUUCCAAAUAGCACAACAAACUACAAUGUAACUACAACAGAUACAACUACACCUUCUCCAAGUAACACAACAGUUAACAACAUAACAACAGCCAGACCAGUUACGUCUUCUCCAAACAACACAACACACUACAAUGUAACUACAGCAGAUACAACUACACCUACUCCAAGUAACACAGCAGUUUACAACAUAACAACAGUCAGCCCAGUAACACCUUCUCCAAGUAACACAACAGUUAGAAACAUAACAUCCACUUACGUCUUCUCCAAACAACACAUCAAACUACACUCCCGCCCAGUUACAGCUAUUCCAAAUAGCACAACAAACUACACUGUAACUACAACAGAUACAACAACACCUUCUCCAAGUAACACAACAGUUUACAACAUAACAACAGUCAGCCCAGUUACACCUUCUCCAAGUAACACAACAACUUCUCCAAGUAACACAACAGUUAACAACAUAACAACAGUCGGACCAGUU